AUGUCAACCUCGCAUUCGUACCAGCAGCAUCCAUCAGACCUCGGCUCGAACGAUUAUUCCGAUCAAGAAGACGAAGAACGACAGCGAGUGACAGCACUGUGGAAGCCGCAACAGAUGGCAUGCGGCGGUUCGGGGCUGAAAGCGCAUCGUCACAUCCACAUCGACUGGCCGAAUGCUUCGAUCAAAAAGACGCUGGCAAUAGGUGCAAGUGCACCGGAUGCUUCGCCGCCGGUGUACGAUCGGCCUCGGCUGCAAGACGAAGAGUGCAAUGCAUCAUCCUGCGUUCUCGUCACCAAGUCGAGCCCUAUCAAUGCUACCGUUCACAUUGUCAAGGAACCCAAACCUGCUUCGAUACCGAUGGAAAACGCUUCCCGACCUUGUAGCGCAUCCUCCGCCAAGAAACCAGCGGAGAAACCCAUUCUGAUCAGCGCCAAGACCGGCUCGGUUGGCUCGAUCUGCCUCUCGAUCCCCACAUACACCGGCGCACGACCCCUCCAUAUUCGCGCCAAAUCGGUCAACGGAAACAUCACCGUUUUCCUCCCCACGAGUUUCAGCGGCCUACUCAAUUGGACCUCGGAAACAGGCUCAUUGAAGGUCUCAAGCGCCAUGCAACAACGUUUCAAAUCGCUCGACUCUCCACCGCACAAACAUAGGGGCACAGCAAAGAUCGUCCCCAGCACAGCGAGCGGGCUGAGAGGAGACGUGUGCACCAUCUCCAAUCGUCACGGCAGUAUUGUCAUAAAGGAGUUCGACGAAGACCCAGAUCGACGUCAAGGCUCGUGUGUAGUUCAGUAA